CGCAGCAACAGCACAACGGAACGUAUCACUCUGGAACACCAUGUCGGCACUUCCAGUGUCACGAACGCCAGACUCAGACGCAGAACACCAAUGGAUGCACGCGGCCGACUCCGGUGACGUUGUCACGCUACAGAUGCUGCUCGCUGACAACCCAAACCUGCUCAAUGCACAGCUCCACCACCAGACCUUCAAGCGGUGCACGGCACUGCAUGUUGCCGUGUGGAAGGGUCACAGCGCUGUUGUCCAGUUCCUCAUUGACCACGGCGCCGACAUCGAGCUACAGGACCAGACGGGUAUGACGGCACUACAGAUCGAUGUCAUGCGCACCUGUCUGCAGAAAAUGAGACCCACGAUGCUGCUGCGUUCGCGGUGCAUUGACGUCCAGUCACCCGUGGCAAUGGCCAUCUCCAAGCGUCGACAAGUGCGCGAUCGAUCCACGGACCGGGAUAUUGACACAAGUGUAUUGGAUAUGCUGUUAACGCACAACGCCUGUGUGGACCAGCCCGACGAGUGCGGAGAUACGGCACUGCUCAACGCCGUCGAGUACGGUCUCACCAAGCACGUGGAGAAGCUGCUCGCCCACGGUGCAGACGCCAACGCGUUGGAUACCAAUGGCCGAAGCGCCAUGGACAUCGCUGGUGAGCACGGAUUCGUGGACAUCAUCAACGCGCUGGCCGAGAAUAGCCCCGGUUUGGUGAAAUCUGUCGGGGAUAAGACGCUUGUGAUGGCAGUCCGUCACGAGUAUGCAGAAAUACUCGAGUCACUGUACGAUCAAGUACACAAUCGAAUGUCCAAGGCAGACGGCCAAGAGUUAGGUGGCCGUCUUCUCAACAUCGCAACGGAAUACAAUGCUCCAUCAUGCGCUCUGUUCUUACUGGAGCGUGGGAUUCCGAUGGACUGGACCAAUGCCAAGGGUGAAAACGCUGUUCAAGUGGCAUGUGCCCGUGGCCGCCCGGAGAUCCUCGAGAUGCUACUUCAGCAAAAUAAUACAGACGAGAACAACCACGACGAUAUCAGCAAGGCUUCAAGUGGGGCAGCCGUGCUAAACCACCCUCUCAUUAAGAUGGACGUACUUCAGAACUGCGAUAACAGCUUCAGCUUCCUGCGUGAUGAUAACAAUACCUUCCCGUUAUUCGUCGCAGUAAAAAUGCCAGCAAAUCUGGAGAUCAUGGAAGUGCUGAUUCGUCACAGCGCAAAGUUUGACUUCCCCACACGUCACAGUCGAGACACGAUCAUUCCGCUUCUUGCGUCCUGGUUAAUGCGCGUAACAUCAGCGGAUGUCUCGAAGCUGCUCGUGGAUCUGGCAACCUCCGAUGCCAUUCGUCACAAGCUCCGCCAUGUCAUCCUGGCGCUCACUUGUCAAGAAUACACGUACGAAGUGCUGCUAUUUACGCUGACCAUUCUCUUCACGCCACAAGCAGUGGACGUGGAGCAGGCCUUGGCAGUGUUCAAGCCGUGGAUGCAACGAUGCCAAGUCAACGUCGUGACCGAAAAGCUAGUCACAGACGCGCUCAACUUGUGACGCUGUCACGAACCCGUAAGCCCGUGCAUGGUAAUCUACAUUCCAGUGCGUAAUGUUAGUGUGAGGGCUAAACUGGUAGGCUAAGGUAAUGAAAGAUUCAAUCU